CUCGCCCUCUUCUUCCAUAUCUCCUACUACCUCUCUUUUCUUUACCAUUCUCUCCGUUGACGUUCUUGUUUCUUUACCCUUUCUUGUUUUCUUGAUCAUUAAUUCUUUCUUGUUUUUCUUGUUUCUUGAUACUUGAUUCUUGAUUUCUUGAUUCUUACUUGAUGGCGGAAAAGCAAUCACCCUUGAACGGGGCCUAUUAUGGGCCAGCAAUCCCACCACCAAAUAAUUACCACCGUCCGGGGCGUAGGUCGGGCUGUGGAUGCGGCUGCUGUCUCUUAAGUUGCCUUUUCAAAAUCCUAAUCACCUUAGUGAUAAUCGUUGGCCUCGCCGUCUUCAUUUUCUGGCUUGUAGUUCGCCCGAACAAACUCAAAUUCCAUGUCACAGAUGCUGUACUUUCCGAAUUCAACUACACCAACACCAAUACUCUCCAAUACAACUUAACCACAACGAUCUCAAUCCGAAACCCAAAUAAGAAAAUUGGAAUUUACUAUGACAGAAUUGAGGCGAGAGCCUAUUAUGAAGACCAAAGAUUCGGUUCUCAUAUAUUGUCACCAUUUUAUCAAGGGCACAAGAACACGAGCAUUAUUACCCCAUCAUUUCAAGGACAGAGGAUAGUAUUGCUUUCUGGUGAAGAGCUGACUCAGUUUAAUCAAGAAAAAACUAGUGGAAUCUAUAGUAUAUACGUGAAGCUUUAUUUGAGGAUUAGGUUCAAGAUUGGUAAGGUCAAGACUGGAAAGUUUAAGCCAAAAAUUGAGUGUGAUUUGAAGAUUCCUUUGAACAGUGCAGAUGGUAGAUUGGCUUCUGGUGCUGAGACUGCUACUAAAUGUGAUUUGGAUUAUUAGUAGAGUUCUUUUUGCUCUUCUUCUUCAUGUUCUUGAUCGAGUCUUUCAUCGGUUUUUCUUGA